AUGUCGUCCAAGCCAAAUAUUCGAGUCGAAACUGCUCGCGAAGAGGACAUGCCGCGAUGCAUGGAACUCGUCCUCGACGCUUUUGGCCCCUUUCCCAAUUUCGACCUCAUUGGGGGUCCCAACACCGAAGAGAAUCGAAAGCUGAAUGCGGAACGCCAUUUGCGUGGUUAUAGGGAGCAUCUGGAGAAGUAUCCUUCCGUGUCACCGGGGAUCAAAUGCGUGUACACGGAUCCCCAGACGAGAGAGGAGAGGAUUAUUGGGUUUGCGGAGUGGUUUGUUUGGGAUAGGGAGAGGACUGAAGAGGAGUACAUGGUUGAGAACUACAUUCUGCGGAUGGAGUGGAUCGAGGAUGAGGUGAAGCGGAAGAGGUGUCUGGAUGCGAUGGAGCCGGAGAUUGCGCUGCGGAGGAAGAUAAUGAAGGGGAGGCCGUUUGCGCUGCUUUGUUAUAUGUGUGUUGAUCCGGGGUAUAGGAGGCGGGGGGCGGCGACGGCGUGUGUGCGGUGGGGGAUGGAGAGGUGUGCUGAGUUGGGGAUCCCGGGGUAUCUUGAGGCGAGCGAGGAGGGGAUGAAGACGUAUAAGACGCUUGGGUGGGAGGUGUAUGAGGGGGGUGAGGAGGUAGGGAAGAUGAUGUUUCCGCCAAUGGUUUGGUGGCCUGCCAAUGCGGAGAGGUGGUGA